UUGAAGAUAGACUAUAUAAGUUGCAAAAGAGAAUUGGAAAUUCUCCAUCUCUACAGAUAGAGACGUUUGAAAACUUGGGAGAUACACAAGCUAUUCAAGUUAUUUCGUCCUCUCCCACUACAAACGAAGAACUACAGAAGUUAGUUUUAGCAGCGUUUGAAGAAGGUUUGCUUGUAAGAUGUGCUGGAACUGGACACAGCAGGGCACCCCUUUUUGCAGACAGCAAGCAAUUACUUAUUUAUGUUAAAGAUAUGAAAAGCGACUACAAAAAUGGUUCCAGAAUAAGAAUAUCUAAUCAACAAAAAUCGUGAAGUGGACAUCAUGACCGGAGUGACGACUGGAGACUUUAAGAAGUUUCAAAUAAAAAACAAAUUGCAUAUUCCUGCUAAUGUUAUUUUAGAUGUUGUUCAGAUAGUUAGUGUUGUAGCAACAGGUUGUCACGUAUGUUUCCCUAAGCUGGUGGUUAUCAAAGCAUAGUUACCAUGUACAUGAACACGCAUGUAUUAUAUCGGGGACGAUUCAAGCAAUUUGAUUGGACAAUGUGUUGUGGAAUACAAAAGCAAUGCAUGGUAAUACUACAACACAGUAUUGUAUUCGACUAUGUAUACUUUAGGCGAAACCUGUCAUUGGACUGAGGAAUGAUUUCAAUUCAUUGCAAUUUAAACGGUGAAAAAAAAACCUUUUAAAGACUUGUGGAUUAGAAGUUCAUGUCAUAUGUUGUAACUUAAAAUGGAAUACGAUACAUCGUCAGAAAAAUUUCAUCCUGAAAUCGUCGAACAUGAAAGACCUGGUGAUAGUAAACAGCUAAAAAUUUGUUUAAAAAAGGCGCUGAGUGAAAAAAAGAUGGCAAUACUUGAACUAGGCGACAGAGACAAUGACUGGAUUAAACAUGCCAGGUGUAAUGACCAAAUCGUCAUGGUUGACUGCAUGGCAUUGUUUGAGGAACAGAAAAAGAAUCCAAAAGCAAAGCAUAUUGUUCCAGAUUUGUCCGACCAGGAUGAUAUUAAAGAUAGACUGUUAAAGUUGCAAAAGAGAACUAGGAAUUCCCCAUCUGUACAGAUAGAGACUUUUGAAAACUGGGGAGAGACACAAGCUAUACAGGUUAUUUCUUCCACUCCUACUACAAAAGAUGAACUACAGAAGUUAGUUUUAGCAGCAUCUGAAAUAGGUUUGCGAGUAAGGUGUGCUGGAACUGGACACAGCUGGGCACCAAUAUUUGCAGACAGCAAGCAAUUACUUAUUUAUGUUAAAGAUAUGAAAAGCGACUACAAAGAUGGAUCCAGAAUAAGAAUAGCUAAUCGUCAAAAGGGUGAAGUGGACAUCAUGACUGGAGUGACGACUGGAGACUUUAAGAAGUUCCAAAUAAAAAACAAAUUGCAUAUUCCUGCUAAUGUUAUUUUAGAUGUUGUUCAGAUGGUUAGUGUUGUAGCAACAGGUUGUCACGGGGUAGGAAGGGAUGCAAACACACCAAGUGACAACGUAGUGAAAAUGCGCAUAAUCGGAAGUGAUGGUAAACUGCAAACCUACACAUCUGACGACAAAGAAAUGUUGAGGGCGAUAAGUGCAAAUUUUGGAUGUUUUGGAGUUAUAUUUGAUAUGACAAUAAAACUUAUUCCUGAGGUUAUCGUCAAAGUAGAAAAUCGAUACAUGGGUUUAGAUGAUAUAUUCUUCAAUGCAGCAAAAAUAGAAAAAAUAUUUGAAGAAAACUGGUCGGUUGAGAUAUUUUGGUUUCCUUACAACUCACUCAGUCUUUUUGAUUAUAAUCCAAAAAAUGAUGAUGUCUGGAUCCGUAUCAUUAACAAAGAAACGGAACACGUCGAAACGGCAACUCAAACAUAUUACGACUGGAAAGAAAUAAAAGAUUGUCUGACAGGAGAAGCCAUGGCGAUCAUGUCACCGAUCAUAGCAGAAAACCCUUCUUUGACUCCAUGGUAUGCAUUGUCAUCGUUUGGCGCGUUAAAAAAAAUCAUUUACCCGAGCGGUAUCCAGUAUCAGGAACUUCCACACGCUGUUCAUUUUAGACAAUACAUUGAAAAGGCUCCUGUAUAUGACAUGGAAUUUGCCUUCGAUUUAAGGGGAGAUUUUCAUCGACUCUUGAAGAUAAUUCAAGUAGUUGUAAACAAAGUGGAUCAUUACGAGGAAAAAGAUGAGUAUCCAUUGAACAUUGCUUUAGAAAUGCGCAUGAUGGGUCACAGUAACACACUCCUUUGUCCUGGUAUAAUUGGAAAUCCUGUCUAUGGCGGAUCUGGUCACGUGAUGUAUAUAGAAAUUUUAAGUGUCGUCGACACAAAAGGAUGGGAAAAAUUUUGCAUUGAUGUAGCAAAAGAAUGGAUGGCUUUAGAUGGAGUUCCACAUUUAGCUAAGCAGUGGGAUUUUAUUCCCGGUGUUGAGGACCAUAUUUACAAACAUAUGGGACAACAUAUCGACGCAUUUAAAGAGCAGCUGACGAAAUCUGGCGCUGAUCCAAAUGGAAUGUUUCUUCAAAAGCCUCCGAAAACUAUUACGACUAUAACAUACCUGACCAAAACAUUUUGGAAUAAGCUGUGAUUUCUGUGAAUUAUCCGUCCAACUUCAGUAACUGUGAUUCUGUUUUUAUUUUUAAACAAAUAUAUGAAUAAAUGGAGAGAAAAAAAUGUUCAUUCUGAAAAGUAACCUGUUG